CGGCACCACCACCAACCUCAGCAUCAUUUAUCUUUACUCUUCAUCACUCACCUCAACGCUCCUCCCCUUGCCAUUGUCAUGGGGUCCAAUAUGGAAGGACAUAUCUCCCCCACAUCCUCAUCACAACCACACUCGCCGGUGUCCCGCGCUCGCUCAGGCAGACCAUCCACCUCCCCUACCCACGUCCGCUCCUCCCCUCCCUACUCUCCACCACCGCGCGUCGAGCAGCCCCCCAACCCUCCAGAACUACCACUCACUCUCCUUCACCCCACCACAAGUCGGCUAUAUGACGCUGCGGAUGCUGCCUCCGCGCCGCCCGCCGAACCGGGGCGAAGAGGGAGAGGCUGGAUGCCGUUCAGCGGCAUGUGGCAAGACAUCAAGGCGCGCGCUCCAUAUUACGUCUCAGAUUGGACCGACGCGUGGAACUACCGCGUUAUUCCGAGCACAUGGUUCAUCUUCUUCGCGAACGUCCUCCCCGGUCUGGCAUUCUCGCUCGACCUGAUCGAGGAGACCGGAUUGUAUGGCGUACAGGAAGUCCUGCUAGCGAGUUUCAUGGCGGCCUUUGUUGCCGCUGUCUUCGGCGGGCAGCCACUUCUCAUCUCUGGCGUCACUGGUCCCAUUACCGUCUUCAACAAGACCAUCUUCGACAUCUUCCGCGGCCGCGACGACUGGAACUACCUCCACUUCAUGGGAUGGGUAUACCUCUGGGGCGCUAUCCUGCACUGGAUCGCGGCCGCGCUCAACGCCGUCAAGGGCCUCAAGUACGUGACGCGUUUCAGCUGCGACACAUUCGGAUUCUACGUCGCGGCCGUGUACGUGCAGUACGGGAUCCAGGUCGUUACGCGGCAGUUCGGACAGACGUCUACGCCGAGCGCGUUCCUCGGCAUCUUGUUGGCGCUCAUCACCCUCGUCCUCCCGCACUACUUCAACGCCCUCGCCCGCUCGGGAUACAUCAGCAAGCAGUUCCGCCGCUUCUGCGCAGACUACGGCAUGCCGCUCACCAUCGUCGCGGCGACCGGCAUGGCCUACUGGGGCCGCUUCAACCCCUUCGUGCACGAGGAGGACAUGACGCUCCCCGUUGUGCUGCACAGCUUCCGACCCGCCGCGGGCCGUGCAUGGCUCGUCGAGUUCUGGCUCCUCCCGGGCAAGUACGUCGGCAUGGCCUUUCCCUUCGGCGUGAUCCUCUUCGUGCUCUUCUACUUUGACGCCAACGUGUCAGCGCUCAUUGCGCAGGGAUCAGAGUUCCCACUACGAAAGCCAGCCGCUUUUCACUGGGACUUUUUCCUGCUUGGCAUCACCACCUUCAUCGCGGGGCUGCUCGGCGUACCGGCGCCCAACGGCCUCAUCCCCCAGGCACCGCUGCACACCGCGUCCCUCGUUGUGAUGGGGUACGAAGAUGACGAGGUGCCACUCACCGAGAGCCUCGACGAGCUGGAGGCAGAGGACGAGGGCGUGGGCGAGGCGAGAGGGGAGGGGGAGAAGCGACCCCGCUCCACAUCCACAGCAAUGGCGGAAGCCGAAGCGGGGCUGAAGCGCCGCCCGCGCGCGGCCUCGGGCUCGAGCCUUGCGCGCCGCGUCUCACAAGUCUCCACGAGCUUGCGCGAUGCGCGCGCGCGCCAGCGCUUGCUGGCAGCCGAGCGCGCUACGCGCCGCGAAGUCCCCGUGGCCGUAGUAGAGCAGCGCGUGUCCAACCUCGCGCAAGGCGCCCUCUGCCUCGUCCUCAUGACGAAGCCGUUCGAGCACGUCCUCGGCCUGAUCCCGAAGGGCGUGCUCGCCGGCCUCUUCUGGUACAUGGGCACGGAUGCGCUUCUCUCCUCCGGCGUAACCUCGAAAAUGCUGUAUCUCGUACGUGAAAAGCGCGCGCGUGCGCCCUCUGAUCCGCUCGAGCGCGUCCGCACCUCCCGCAUCGCGCUGUUCGUCCUCGUCGAGCUGAUCGGCUUUGGCGCGACGUUCGCGAUCACGCAGACCAUCGCGGCCAUCGGCUUCCCCAUCAUCAUCAUGCUCCUCGUGCCUGUCAGAUACUUUGUCAUCCCCCGUAUGGGGUUCACGCCCGCCGAGUUAGACAUCCUCGACGGGCCCGUCGCGUCCCCGUUCACCAUGCAGAGCGUGGAUGGAUGAGCUGUCGUUGCAGUUGUAAUAUGUACUCUAAUGCCAUCGAUUAGGAGUAUA